GAAAAAAGAGACAGGGUGAGAGGAAAGGAAGAAAGAGAGAGAAAAGGAGACAGGGUGAGAGGAAAGGAAGAAAGAGAGAGAAAAGGAGACAGGGUGAGAGGAAAGAAAGUGUUUAUAAUGGUUGUAGGAUUUCCUUGCUAUCAUUUCUAGAUUCCAGUUGGCCACACGAAGUAAUCAAGUCUCUCUCUGCCGUUUUGUAUGUUUUAAAAUUGAACACUUAAUACUGUCACUAUUUCUGACACCUUUUUUGGUUGACUUGAUUAAUUAAAACUAAUAGUUUUAAUUAAUUGAAUAUCUCCAAUAAUUACUGUGAAACCACCCCCCCACAACACAUUUCAAUUAAACUAAAUUUCCCCCAAAAUGGGAGCACGUACUUCGAGGUUACUUCAACAUGAAGAAAUAGAAGAAAUUUCAUCAGAAACUGGUUUUUCAGCCAAUCAGAUCUCAAGGUUAUACAGCAGAUUUACCAACCUUGACAAAAACAACAAUGGUGUUCUUUGCCGUGAAGAUUUUCUUCGGAUUCCUGAACUUGCCAUAAACCCACUUGGAGACAGGAUUGUACACUCGUUCUUUCAGGAAAGUAAUGAAGAGACGGUGAACUUUCGACAGUUUAUGCGUGUUUUGGCCCGAUUCCGGCCAACAAAGACAAAACUGGAGAGAAACAAACUCAACUCCAGGGAAGAAAAGUUAAGAUUUGCAUUCAAAAUGUAUGAUUUGGAUGGUGACAGCAAGAUUUCCCGAGAAGAACUUUUGGCAGUGUUGCAUAUGAUGGUAGGAACUAACAUUUCAGAAGAUCAGCUGGAAAGUAUUGCUGACAGAACAAUUGCUGAGGCUGACACUGAUGGAGAUAGACACAUCUCUUUUUCAGAAUUUCAAACCGUGAUGGAAUUAGUUGAUGUUGAACAGAAGAUGAGUAUCCGAUUCCUGCACUGACCAAAGCCAUGAAAUCUCUUUUCACUGUUGUCAGCGCCAUCUUCUGGUCUAUGUUUUAGUUAAUUGUUCAGCUUCUGGUGAUGGGUGUUGUAGAGUAGACAUCACUUCAUCAAUUCACAUGACUGUCUUUUAAGUAAGGCAUCAUUGUCACCAAAUCCUCCCCUCCAUAAGCUUCAGGGUUUGUGUCUGUCAGAAAGCAUUGUUGUUGUUGUUAGUGUGGUAGAGUGGCAAACAGGUUCAUCCCGCUAUUCUAAUUUCAAUUCUUGCUCGUUUAUUUGACAUUUUCUGUCUCUGAGAGGCAAUAAGUACCAAUAAUAUACUGAGUUCAAUUCCAUUAACUACAAUCCACACCUGUAAAUUUCUCGCCUUACACCUGUGGAAGAAAUUACAACUAUUACUACUACUGUUACUACUAUAUUGCACAGUACGGAUAUAAAAAUACUGCAAGCCUUAGCAUGUGGUCUUCCUGUUUCAAGGGCAGAUUUUUGGACUGUUCACAUGUCUCGCUUAACGUCCAACCAUUCUAAGUAGUAUGAUUGUCUGCAUGAGAGAUUGAACCUUGCACUAUUUUCUAAUGGCUCUUUAUGUUAUUGGUUCAAAUCCUGCCAGGGUCAACUUUGGUACUUUAUUUCAUCAACCCCAAAAGAGUGUAAGACAGGCAAGAAGCAGUAUUGGUGCCAUUUAAUUAACUUCCUCUCUACAAAAUAGCUCACCUUCUGCCAAAAUUAGCAACUUUUUUUUUUUUUUUUUU